CUGAAAACAUGGUUCCCCUCCACGUCCUUCCCGUUCAUUGCCAGUGCUCCUAUGUUCGGUGUAGCAAAGGGAACAUUAGCAUCUGCAGUAACUAAAGUCGGUGGAUUUGGCUUCAUUGGUGCAGGCUUCGACCUCUCUCCCAACUCCGCCCAGCUAGCUGCUGUCUCCUCUGAACUGUCUCGCACCAGAGAAAUCCUAGCUCUCCCAUCCUCGGAUCCAUUGCCAGUGGGCAUUGGAUUUAUCACAUUCCAUCCCAGUGCCGCCACCACCUCCAGUCUCGCGUCUGUCACCCCGAUUCUGGAAGAGCACAAGCCCCUGGCAAUCUGGCUAUUCGCCCCCUCUGCCGCAGAUGUGCACACGGCGCUCAUACCGGGCUUGAAGUCCAUCGGAAGCGCCUGGGGACUCAAAGUUUUUGUGCAAACCGGCAAUGUCGAGGCAGCUCGAGCCGCCGUUCGCGACGGAGCGGACGUGAUCGUAGCUCAAGGCUCCGAUGCAGGUGGGCAUCAGUUCAAGCGGUCCGUAGGGUUUGCGUGCUUGGUCCCAGAGGUGGUGGAGGCGGUGGAAGAGGAAAAGGGUGAAAGAGAGGUCGCGGUCAUCGCUGCCGGAGGUAUUGUCGAGGGCAGGGGGGUCGCUGCGGCGUUGGCAGCAGGCGCUGGAGGAGUGGUGAUGGGCACGAGGUUCGUUGUAAGUGAUGAAGCGGGCACACCAGAGUGGCGGAAGAAGCUGCUCGUAGAGACAAAGGAUGGAAGCCAGAGCACCGUAAAGACCGCAUUUUUCGAUGAACUUCCAGGCCACAACAUCUGGCCUUCUCCGUUUGAUGGUCGAGCUGUGGUCAAUCAGCCGUAUCAAGAGCAUUUGAACGGGAUGCCGAUGCAGGAGAGCACAGAACUGUACAAUGCGUCUAUCAAUGGAGGAGAUGGCCAGCGGGCGUCCAUUUGGGCCGGUGCUGGUGUUGGUCUCAUUAAGUCCAUAGAGCCAGCAGGAGACAUCGUGAGA